GCACAGCAGCUCUUAUCGGCAUGUUUAGAAAAGGUAGAUAUUUCUAGUACGGAGGGUUAUGAUUUGUUCAUCACACAGCUCAAAGAUGGUUUAAAAAAUACAUCUCAUGAGACUGCAGCAAACCACAAAGUUGCUAAGUGGGCCACAGUUACAUUUCAUCUUCCUCAUCAUGUGCUGAAAUCCAUUGCCAGUGCCAUUGUAAAUGAACUCAAGAAAAUAAAUCAAAAUGUUGCUGCCUUACCUGUGGCAUCCUCAGUGAUGGACAGAUUGUCUUACCUCUUACCUAGCGCACGUCCAGAACUUGGAGUGGGGCCAGGCCGUACUGUGGACAGAUCGUUGAUGUAUAGUGAAGCUAACAGACGGGAGACAUUUACCUCAUGGCCACAUGUAGGCUACAGGUGGGCACAACCAGAUCCCAUGGCUCAAGCUGGAUUUUAUCAUCAGCCUGCCUCUUCUGGAGAUGAUAGAGCCAUGUGUUUUACUUGUAGUGUAUGUCUUGUUUGUUGGGAACCUACUGAUGAACCUUGGUCUGAACAUGAGAGACAUUCCCCAAACUGCCCAUUUGUGAAAGGUGAGCACACACAGAAUGUGCCAUUGUCAGUCACACUUGCAACGAGUCCUGCACAGUUUCCUUGUACCGAUGGAACUGACAGAAUAUCCUGCUUUGGGUCUGGGAGCUGCCCUCAUUUUCUAGCUGCUGCAACUAAACGAGGAAAGAUCUGCAUAUGGGAUGUUUCCAAACUCAUGAAGGUGCACUUAAAGUUUGAAAUUAAUGCCUAUGAUCCAGCAAUUGUACAACAGCUUAUUCUAUCAGGAGAACCAAGCUCAGGAGUUGAUUCAAGGAGACCAACCUUGGCAUGGCUGGAGGACUCCUCUAGUUGCUCAGAUAUACCAAAAUUGGAAGGAGAUAGUGAUGAUUUACUGGAGGAUUCAGACAGUGAAGAGCAUUCCAGAUCAGAUUCUGUGACAGGGCAUACAUCGCAGAAGGAAACCAUGGAAAUAAGCCUUGAUAUAACAGCACUCAGCAUUCUCCAACAGCCAGAGAAACUUCAGUGGGAGAUUGUGGCCAAUGUGCUUGAAGAUACUGUUAAGGAUCUUGAAGAACUUGGGGCAAAUCCUUGCUUAACAAACUCUAAAAGUGAAAAGACAAAGGAAAAGCACCAAGAACAGCACAACAUUCCCUUUCCAUGUUUAUUAGCUGGAGGUUUAUUAACAUAUAAGUCUCCUGCAACCUCACCCAUUAGUAGUAAUUCUCACAGGUCACUGGAUGGUUUAAGCAGAACUCAGGGUGAAAGUAUAUCAGAACAAGGGUCAACUGACAAUGAAUCCUGCACUAAUUCAGAACUCAAUUCUCCUCUGGUAAGGAGGACGUUACCCAUUUUACUUCUGUAUAGCAUCAAAGAAUCUGAUGACAAAGCAGGAAAGAUCUUUUCACAGAUGAACAAUAUCAUGAGUAAAAGUCUUCAUGAUGAUGGUUUUACCGUUCCCCAGAUUAUUGAGAUGGAACUGGAUAGUCAGGAGCAGUUGCUGUUGCAGGAUCCUCCCGUGACUUACAUUCAGCAGUUUGCAGAUGCUGCAGCCAACCUUACCUCUCCAGAUUCUGAGAAGUGGAACUCUGUAUUUCCCAAGCCUGGGACUUUGGUUCAGUGCUUGAGGCUGCCAAAGUUUGCAGAGGAGGAGAAUCUUUGUAUAGACUCAAUAACUCCUUGUGCUGAUGGAAUUCAUUUGUUAGUAGGACUGCGGACAUGCCCUGUUGAAUCCUUGAGUGCAAUAAAUCAAGUAGAGGCCUUGAAUAAUUUAAAUAAAUUAAACUCCGCACUAUGUACUAGACGGAAAGGUGAGCUGGAAUCAAAUCUUGCUGUAGUGAAUGGUGCAAAUAUUAAUGUAAUCCAACAUGAAUCACCAGCAGAUGUACAGAUUCCUUUGAUAAUUCAGCCUGAGCAGAGGAAUGUUAGCGGUGGAUAUUUAGUACUUUAUAAAAUGAAUUAUGCCACACGGAUAGUGACUUUAGAAGAGGAGCCAAUAAAAAUCCAACAUAUCAAAGAUCCCCAGGACACAAUUACCUCGCUGAUUUUGCUUCCGCCAGAUAUAUUGGAUAAUCGAGAGGAUGACUGUGAAGAACCUGUUGAGGAAAUGCAGUUAACCUCAAAGAAUGGGAUGGAGAGAGAGAAAAAGUCUGACAUUUCUACUCUUGGACACCUGGUAAUAACCACUCAGGGAGGAUAUGUAAAAAUAUUAGAUCUUUCAAACUUUGAAAUUUUGGCCAAAGUGGAACCUCCCAAAAAGGAGGGCACUGAUGAACAGGACUCUUUUGUUUCUGUCAUUUACUGCUCGGGCACAGACAGGCUAUGUGCAUGCACCAAAGGUGGUGAACUUCAUUUUCUCCAAAUUGGAGGAGCCUGUGAUGAUAUUGAUGAAGCCGAUAUUCUAGUGGAUGGAUCUCUUUCUAAAGGAAUAGAACCAUCUUUAGAAGGUUCUAAACCUUUAUCAAAUCCUUCAAGUCCUGGUAUUUCAGGAGUUGAUUUAUUGGUGGACCAGCCAUUCACUCUUGACAUCUUGACGUCUCUAGUAGAGCUAACCCGCUUUGAGACAUUGACUCCUCGGUUUUCAGCUACUGUCCCUCCAUGCUGGGUAGAAGUUCAGCAAGAGCAACAGCAAAGAAGGCAUCCUCAACAUUUGCACCAGCAGCACCACGGAGAUGCCGCUCAGCACACUAGAACUUGGAAACUGCAGACUGACAGUAACAGCUGGGAUGAACACGUUUUUGAAUUGGUUCUGCCUAAAGCCUGUAUGGUUGGACAUGUGGACUUCAAAUUUGUUUUGAACUCAAACAUCACCAAUAUUCCACAGAUACAAGUGACAUUGCUGAAAAAUAAAGCUCCAGGCUUAGGGAAAGUCAAUGAAACAGGAGUAGAUAGGCAGAUCACCUUUCCUUUGUCUCCAGCUCUUAACAUUGAAGUGGAACAAAAUGGGAAACCGUCCCUGGUUGAUUUGAAUGAAGAAAUGCAGCACAUGGAUGUAGAGGAAUCACAGUGUCUUAGGUUAUGUCCGUUUUUAGAGGAUCAUAAAGAAGACAUUCUGUGUGGGCCAGUGUGGCUAGCUAGUGGCCUUGAUCUAUCAGGGCACGCUGGGAUGUUGACAUUAACGAGCCCCAAACUUGUUAAAGGUAUGGCAGGAGGAAAGUAUCGUUCGUUCUUAAUCCACGUCAAAGCAGUGAACGAAAGAGGAACAGAUGAGAUUUGUAAUGGUGGUCUACGUCCUGUAGUGAGACUUCCAUCUUUAAAACACCAGAGUAACAAGGGUUAUUCACUUGCUUCUCUUUUGGCAAAAGUUGCAGCAGGCAAGGAUAAAUCAUCUAAUGUUAAGAAUGAAAAUGCAGGUGGCACUCGUAAAUCUGAAAAUCUCCGGGGCUGUGAUUUACUUCAGGAGGUCUCAGUCACCAUUCGAAGAUUUAAGAAAACUUCAGUUUCUAAGGAAAGAGUCCAACGAUGUGCCAUGUUACAGUUUUCGGAAUUUCAUGAGAAGCUUCUUAAUACUCUUUGCAAAAAAGCUGAUGAUGGCCAAAUCACAGAACAUGCUCAGAGCCUUGUGCUGGAUAUUCUGUGUUGGUUAGCUGGAGUACAUUCAAAUGGACCUGGAAGCUCAAAGGAAGGAAAUGAGAACCUGCUUUCAAAAACACGAAAAUGUCUUUCAGACAUCAUACGUGUUUGCUUCUUUGAGGCAGGAAGAAGUAUUGCCCAUAAGUGUGCCCGAUUUCUAGCCUUGUGCAUUAGUAAUGGAAAAUGUGACCCCUGUCAACCAGGAUUUGGAUCUGUUCUGUUGAAGGCUUUACUUGAUAAUAUGUCAUUUUUACCAGCAGCAGCAACUGGUGGUUCUGUCUACUGGUAUUUUGUCCUGCUGAAUUACGUUAAAGAUGAAGAUUUGGCUGGGUGUAGUACAGCUUGUGCAUCUUUACUUACUGCUGUGUCCAGACAAUUACAGGACAGGCUGACACCACUGGAGGCUUUACUUCAAACAAGAUAUGGACUAUACAGCUCACCAUUUGAUCCGGUCCUGUUUGACUUGGAGAUGAGUGGGUCUUCUUGCAAAAAUGUGUACAAUAGCAGCAUUGGUGUCCAAUCAGAUGAAAUUGAUUUAUCAGACGUCCUUUCAGGAAAUGGAAAGGUCAGUAGUUGCACAGCUGCUGAGGGUAGUUUCACGGCACUCACUGGACUUCUAGAAGUUGAACCUCUACACUUUACUUGUGUGUCAACUAGUGAUGGAACCAGAAUAGAAAGGGAUGAUGCAAGUACGUUUACUGUGAGUUCCUUCGGGGUUACUCCUGCAGUAGGUGGACUCUCAUCUGGGACAGUUGGGGAAGCCUCUACAGCCCUGAGUUCAGCAGCCCAGGUAGCUUUGCAGUCUCUCUCUCAUGCAAUGGCUUCAGCCGAGCAACAGCUGCAGGUGCUGCAAGAGAAACAGCAGCAGCUUUUGAAGCUUCAGCACCAGAAAGCAAAGCUGGAAGCCAAGUUACACCAGACAACAGCUGCAGCAGCUGCAGCAGCAUCAGCAGCAUCAGCAGUAGGUCCUGUUCACAACUCUGUGCCUUCCAACCCAGUGGCUGCCCCUGGAUUCUUCAUUCAUCCAUCUGAUGUUAUUCCACCCACUCCAAAAACAACACCACUUUUUAUGACUCCACCACUCACUCCACCCAAUGAAGCAGUUUCCGUUGUGAUUAAUGCCGAACUUGCCCAGCUUUUCCCAGGCUCAGUCAUUGAUCCCCCAGCAGUCAAUCUUGCUGCACAUAACAAAAAUUCCAACAAGUCCAGAAUGAAUCCACUUGGUUCUGGUCUAGCCCUUGCAAUUUCUCAUGCUUCACAUUUUCUUCAACCUCCACCUCACCAGUCUAUUAUUAUAGAGCGAAUGCAUUCAGGGGCCAGGAGAUUUGUGACUCUGGAUUUUGGAAGACCUAUACUAUUGACAGAUGUAUUGAUUCCUACUUGUGGAGAUUUGGCCUCCUUAUCCAUUGACAUUUGGACAUUAGGAGAAGAGGUGGAUGGAAGGCGAUUGGUAGUGGCAACUGAUAUAAGCACUCAUUCACUGAUUCUUCAUGACUUAAUACCACCUCCUGUGUGCAGAUUCAUGAAGAUAACUGUCAUUGGACGUUAUGGAAGUACUAAUGCCAGAGCCAAAAUACCUUUAGGAUUUUAUUAUGGUCACACCUAUAUUUUGCCUUGGGAAAGUGAACUGAAGUUAAUGCAUGAUCCUCUAAGGGGAGAGGGAGAAUCAGCCAGCCAGCCUGAAAUUGACCAGCAUUUAGCAAUGAUGGUUGCUUUACAAGAGGAUAUACAGUGUAGAUACAACUUAGCUUGUCAUCGUCUGGAAGCUCUUUUGCAAAGUAUUGAUCUUCCUCCUCUCAACAGUGCUAAUAAUGCACAGUACUUUUUGCGAAAACCAGACAAAGCAGUUGAAGAAGACAGUAGAGUUUUUUCUGCUUAUCAGGAUUGUAUUCAGCUACAACUUCAACUAAAUUUGGCUCAUAAUGCAGUGCAAAGGCUCAAAGUAGCUGUAGGUGCAAAUCGGAAGACAGUGAGUGAAACAUCAGAAGAUUUAAUUCAGACAUCGUCCACAGAGCAGUUACGUACUAUCAUCAGAUAUUUGUUGGACACUCUGCUCAGCCUUCUUCACUCUUCCAAUGGGCACUCUGUUCCAGCAGUUUUGCAGAGCACAUUUCAUGCCCAGGCCUGUGAAGAACUCUUUAAACACUUGUGCAUCAGUGGAACUCCAAAGAUCCGAUUACAUACUGGUCUUCUGCUUGUUCAGCUGUGUGGUGGUGAAAGAUGGUGGGGUCAGUUUCUUUCUAAUGUUCUUCAGGAAUUGUACAAUUCAGAGCAGCUUCUCAUCUUUCCACAGGAUAGAGUCUUCAUGUUACUUUCCUGCAUUGGUCAGAGAUCACUUAGUAACAAUGGAGUAUUGGAAAGCUUACUUAAUCUCUUGGAUAAUUUAUUGUCACCUCUUCAGCCAGAGUUGCCCAUGCAUAGGAGAACAGAAGGAGUACUAGAUAUUCCCAUGAUCAGUUGGGUUGUUAUGCUGGUGUCCAGGUUGUUGGAUUAUGUUGCAACUGUUGAAGAUGAAGCUGCAGCGGCAAAGAAACCUUUGAAUGGUAAAGACAGGGAGAGGUUUCUGACAGGUAACCAGUGGAGUUUUAUUAACAACAAUCUACACACUCAGAGUUUAAGUAGAUCCUCAAAAGGCAGCAGUAGCCUUGAUAGAUUAUAUUCCAGGAAAAUCAGAAAGCAGCUUGUUCAUCAUAAACAGCAACUUAACCUACUAAAAGCAAAACAGAAGGCUUUGGUGGAACAGAUGGAGAAAGAAAAAAUUCAAAGUAACAAAGGAUCAUCCUAUAAACUCUUGGUAGAACAAGCAAAACUAAAGCAGGCUACUUCAAAGCACUUUAAGGAUUUAAUUCGUUUGCGUCGGACAGCAGAAUGGUCCCGUUCUAAUAUAGACACAGAAGUUACAACAACAAAAGAAAGCCCAGAUAUAGAACCGCUUCCAUUUACUCUGGCCCAUGAACGUUGUAUCUCAGUGGUCCAAAAACUUGUUCUGUUUCUCCUCUCCAUGGAUUUUACAUGCCACGCAGAUCUCUUACUGUUUGUCUGUAAGGUUCUUGCACGCAUUGCAAAUGCCACCAGGCCAACUAUUCAUCUGUGUGAGAUUGUGAAUGAACCACAGCUGGAAAGAUUGCUGUUACUUUUGGUUGGAACUGACUUCAAUAGAGGAGAUAUAUCUUGGGGUGGUGCUUGGGCUCAGUAUUCCUUAACUUGUAUGCUACAGGAUAUUCUAGCAGGAGAAUUGUUGGCCCCAGUAGCUGCAGAAGCCAUGGAAGAAGGAACAGUGGGUGAUGAUGUAGGGGCAACAGCUGGCGAUUCUGAUGACUCUCUUCAGCAGUCUUCUGUUCAGUUGCUGGAGACUAUAGAUGAACCUUUGACACAUGAUAUAACAGGUACACCUCCUCUCUCCUCUUUGGAAAAAGAUAAAGAAAUUGACCUUGAGCUGCUUCAAGAUCUAAUGGAAGUUGACAUUGAUCCUUUAGACAUUGAUUUGGAAAAGGAUCCUCUUGCAGCCAAAGUAUUUAAGCCAAUAAGCAGUACAUGGUAUGAUUAUUGGGGUGCUGAUUAUGGUACCUACAAUUACAAUCCUUACAUUGGAGGUCUGGGAAUUCCUACAGCAAAACCACCAGCAAGCACAGAAAAGAAUGGAUCACAGACAGUUAGUGUCUCAGUGUCUCAGGCCCUAGAUGCUCGCCUGGAAGUUGGACUUGAACAGCAAGCAGAACUUAUGUUGAAAAUGAUGUCUACUCUUGAAGCAGAUUCCAUUUUACAAGCAUUAACAAAUACUUCUCCUACCUUGUCACAGUCUCCAACUGGAACAGAUGAUGCACUUCUAGGGGGCUUACAAGCAGCAAACCCAUCCAGCCAGCUUAUUAUACAGUUAUCAUCUGUCCCAAUGUUAAAUGUUUGUUUCAACAAACUUUUUUCCAUGCUCCAAGUCCAUCAUGUUCAGUUGGAAUCACUUCUCCAAUUGUGGCUCACACUGAGCCUGAAUUCUAGUUCAUCUGGAAGCAAAGAGAACGGAGCAGACAUUUUUUUAUAUAAUGCUAAUCGAAUACCUGUUAUUUCAUUAAAUCAAGCAUCAAUAACUAGCUUCCUCACAGUGCUAGCUUGGCAUCCCAACACAUUGCUCCGGACAUGGUGCCUUGUGCUACAUAGCCUAACACUCAUGACGAACAUGCAGCUUAAUUCUGGUUCCAGCAGUGCCAUUGGAACUCAGGAGAGUACUGCUCAUUUGUUGGUUUCAGAUCCAAACCUCAUUCAUGUGUUAGUAAAAUUUCUUUCUGGUACCAGUCCACAUGGAACAAAUCAACACAGUCCACAGGUUGGUCCCACAGCUACACAAGCUAUGCAAGAAUUUCUUACUAGAUUACAAGUGCAUCUAUCUUCAACAUGUCCUCAAAUAUUCAGUGAAUUUUUGCUCAAGCUAAUUCAUAUUCUUUCAACAGAAAG